AUGGAUCGGGUUUCGCAGAUAUUCCUCCUCUGCUACACCAUCUUCAUGACCAUCGCGGGGCAAUACGGGUUCGGCCAGAGCGAAUCGGCCAUCAGUCGCGAGGCCCUGUCGAAAGCCAUGAUCUUCGAGUCGGUCGGCCAGACAUUUUCCGUCGUCGCCAUGGUUACUGCCAAGUGCUCGCUUGGUCUGUUCUAUCUGCGCCUGCUGAGCAGGACGUGGCAUAGAGCUGUCAUAUGGGGGUCGAUGCUCUGGAUCGCCUGCGCGACCAUCGUGAGUGUGCUAGUUUUCUGGCUGGAUUGCACGCCGCCGGCGUACUUUUGGGACGACACCAUUCCGUGGGGUCAAUGUCGCAUUGACCCCGUCCCGGUCGCGUACGUACUUGCCGUCUCCUGUGUGGUCAUAGACUUCGUGUUCGCCGUCCUCCCUUGGAUCUUCAUCUGGAAACUCCAGAUCAACAUCCGGGAGAAGAUAGUUUUCCUCGUGAGCAUGAGUCUUGGUGCCACUGCUGGCGCAUGUGGCAUAAAGCGAACACUUGAACUGCCCGAGCUCGAGGGCUUCAGUAAUUACCUCGACGACACCGUUGGCCUCUUCAUCUGGUCAGCCGCGGAAACCGCGGUGACCAUGAUCUGCAUAGGCAUACCGCUAUGUCGACCUCUUUGUAGGAACUUCCUCGACAGGUUUAUCCUGCCAGAUAAUCGGGGAUUCUCAAGACACGGGGCGAAGCCGUAUGCCCUAUACUCGAUAGGCGGUCGCACGUUGCAUCCACACUGCCAAAGCAGAGGAGGUCGAAGUCGGGAAGCUGCCAGAGACCAGGACAGGGGAAGUGUGUCUGAGGGAAAGAUAGGACUAGGUGGUCUUUAUACCGAGACCUACGCCCUGUGUGAUAACGUGUGGAGUAAAUCUUCGGAUGCGGAGAUGGGGUGUGACGAAGCACAGGAAGAGGGUAAGAGUCACACAUGUGGUGCUGGAGCCCAAAUGAUUUGCAUCACGGAGGAGUUCUUUGUCACGAGUUCAUCGCCAACAACAUUGACGCCGCUCAGCUUUCCUUCCGCCACGCACCUGAACUAG